UGAGCGCGGUGGCCGAGGGAGCAGCAAGACUAAAUCCAGUUCUAGCCCCACCUACGGCUUUUAUAUCUACAUACAUGAUCACAUAUCUGUAUAGGUAAAUGUGCUUCUAAGGAUCGAUCCCACAAUGAGAAAUCAGCCAGUUCCCGCCUGCGAAGGGAACGCUGUACGCACAGAUCUGCGGCACGCCUGUGCCGGCUGUGACUUCUCAGUCGAAUCAAGGCACGGUACGAAGGCAGACCGUGACUUCUCCAAAAGAAGAGACCUGCCCGGUAACCCCUGGGCUGUGCACCAAACUGCGCGCCUGCAAGGACAGCCCGGCCCCAGGCUCUGCCCUGGCGAGCUAGAGCCCAAGGACGAGUGCUGUACGGAGAGAUUGGUGGUUGCCCAGCCAACAUUUGUUUUUGAAAGGAAGGACCGUCCUUUGAAGCGGCCUGCAGAAGACCCAGUUUGCAAAGCUGAAAAUGAUUUCAUUAGUUGUUCCAGAAAACGCACAAGAUCAUCAUCUUUUACUCACCAGAAGUCUGACUCUCAGUUUAACACAGAUUCACCUUGCACUCAGAAAAGAGGGAGAUCAUGUUCCUUCACCAUACUUCAUACCUUCCCUCCUUCCCAGCCAGUAAAGAAUAACAUAUUCAUGACCUCAGCUCUUCUUCAAAGAAACACUGAUCUGAUCAGCAGUACAAAACAAGGAUCCUUAUCACAAAGUCAGUUGCAAAAUGUCAUUAGACCUGCCAUUUUACAACCCCCACAAGCCCUGACCUGUCCUGGAAGUCCUGUAGUAUCUCUUGUGACUGAGAAGGAAGCACUUAUUAAGGUAUCUGAAGACAGCUCCUACUCUUCAGCUGAGAAUUCAGUAAGUUCCAAAACAGCAGCAGGAUCAUCUAUUACUGUGAGCCUUUCUAGCUCUACAACAACACCAAUUCAGUUGUUUGAAGACAGAAAUGUACAAAACAUCAGCAAUUCUGAUUUUGUGUUUGGAGAAAACAUGGUUGAGAGAAUUUUGAGUCCUGAGAAGCAUCCAAAGGUGUAUAACAAAGCCAGUUCAUACAAAGGGGAAGUAACAUCCACGCACACAGAACCUUGUCACAUCAGUCCACAAACAAAAACAUCUCUGUUGAAGAAUGCAACACUAAUUGAAUCAGCAGCUGCUUGUAUUUCCAAGCCAGUGGAGAAAAUUCUGUUAGCUAAAAUUGAAGUUAUAACUGGAGAAGAAGCAGAACACAAUGUAUUACAGAUCAACUGCAAGCUCUUUAAAUUUAAUAAGCUUUCUUUAACUUGGAUUGAAAGAGGCAGAGGCUCCCUGAGGCUUAAUGACACUUCUAGCAAUAAACAUGGAAUGCUGCAGUCAAGGCUAAUUAUGCGAAAUCAAGGCAGUUUGAAACUUAUUCUCAACACCCGACUCUGGGAGCAAAUGGUUAUAAAAAGAGCAAACAGGAAGAGCCUGUGCUUCACUGCAACAGCCCAAGAGGACCACUCUGUUCAAGUAUUUCUAAUUCAGGCAAGCUCAAAAGACAUUGGAUACCUGUAUGCAGCAAUUCAUCACCGCCUUGUGGCACUGCGAAGCUUUGCUGAGCAAGAGCUAGAUGCUUACCAAAUAGACACAGAGUCAGAAAUUGCCUUUCAGCCAUUUAGCAGUGAUGACGAAGAUGAUGAAAAAAUAACUCAAGUGAGCAGCACUGGAUCUGGAAAUGAGAAAAUUGCUAGUGCUGAGAACUCACUGGAUUGCUCACAGAAAAUCAAACAUUACCUUUGUAAUUCCUAAAUAGUGUCUGUUGACUUUACAAAGAGUUUCUGGUAACUUGAAAACUGAAUAGAGCCCGAUACCUUUCCAGAACUAGUGAUGAUAAAAAAUUUUUGGUUUUUUAGAGAGGGAAAAAAAAGGGGGGGGGGAAAGGGGGGAAAGGUGAUUUCAAAGCAGUGUAGGAGCACAUAUUUGCAAGUUAAAAUAUUUAUUUUGAUUUCCAGAGACACUGAUACAAAUAUUCAGAUGGCAGCAAGCAAACAGAUUCUGAGAUAGGAGUGUCAGGUGCUGUUUGAUCUUGACCUUUUAGUUUGAGCAUCUGUCCUUCAUUUAUGUAAAUUACUGACAGCAGUUGUAACAAUCUCUUUCAAGUGUGUUUUCAAUGACUUCUAACAUUUCCUGCUUAUCUUAAUCUUGUUGGUUAUUCUCAGAGCCAGAAGGUUGUAAUUUUACAUACAUUUCAGUUACUCGUAUCCAGCUCUCACCCACAGACAUUAACAUCUUACACAUGCUUCUCCCUGGAACUCCAAUUUCCAAAACAGGAAGGAAAAUAAACUCAAGGUUUAUUUACACAGGUUUUGAACAGGUUGAGGUCAAUUUUAAAUACCAACACAGAAACAUCCACUUGGAUGCAAGAGAUCAAAUACUGUUUCAUUUUCAUGCUUCCAUUUUCAUUGAAGGAUGCGUGUGAGGAAGUCAUCCUCUUUUUAUCAAUGUAACUCAGAUUCAGAUUACCUCUCC